AUGGCCCCAACAACAACUUUCAUUCAAAUUUCCCCGGGAAAAGUUCUUCCACUCCGGAUCUUUAUAAACCGACUCUCCGUGUAUGAGAACCAACAGGUUAUCCAUGAAACUGCCAUAGCUACAGAGAACGUCUUGAACACACCUCAAAGGCCGACUAAGUCUCUGUUGAGACUGGUAAACGCCGUUCAUGUGAAGCUGUCGAAUAGAGAUUUAAGCCGUUUUCUGGAGUUAUUCCUGGACACUUUACUGGUAAAGAUACUGGAUACCCCGUUGGAUCUUCUCUUUGCUGAAAAAUUGGAAAGCUCCGAACUGGAAGAGUACUUCUUGCCCCAGGAUAAGGGAAACAUGCUUUUAGAGCUAAAAAAAGAAGAAUGGGUAUGUCAUGUUCAUUUCGACUCGGAAGAGCUGGCAAAAGUCAGAGAUAUUGUGAAAAAUGGUGGGGAUCCGGGCACCAAUGGUGCUUUCGAAUACACUCAACUGCUAACGCGGUCACAGGAAUUGCAAAACCCUCCUGAAAUACUGGAAGAGCCCAAAGAGGAUUCUGAACUACUGCUCUUAGAGCCACAAGAAUCACAAGAUACUAAGAAGAUGGCAAUAAGCACACAUUAUCUCCCCAACACAAUCAUAGGCCCACCCGUUGACAUCUACAUUGUUUCUAAAGGAAAACACGGCAAAGAAAAAAUGUAA